UAUGAACAGGUCCGCAUUAGCAGCCAAUAACGCGGCUGCACUACGGGUGCCGGUAAGGGGCGUGACACACACCUGCCGCGACCGCCAUGCCUGCUGCAACAUAAAUAGACUGAGGGACACAGUAAAGAAAUACAAUAUCUACACUGUAAAUAACCACCCGGUUACACUUGCUCGAAUGAGGCGUAUAGCGACGUUCUUUCGCCGGAGUACGACGGCAAACCACAUACUAAAAGAAAAACAGAAGCUACUUCAACUGCCAGCGCACAAGCUAACAGUAGACGUUGUAACUAGGUGGAACAGUGCACUGGACACGCUGGAGCGCUUUUUAGAGCAACAGCCAGCUAUCUCUGCCACUCUCCUUUCACAAGACGUGCGCAGGAAUGAAAAAGAUCUGUGCACCUUAACAGAGGAAGAUGUAACGAUUGCCGAAGAUUUGGUGCGGGCCUUGAAACCAGUGAAAGAAGCCACACUGGCAAUGUCGGAAGACAAGCAACCAACUCUGUCCGUCAUCACCCCACUUCUCGCCCUGCUGCAGGAGGCCUUGACCCCCAGCCUCGAAGACUCCACCGUGGUGAGGGACUUGAAGGCUGCUGCAAAGAAUAACUUGAGGACUAGAUAUGAUGCGCAGAAGGACACAUUGUAUGCAGCAUCAGCACUGGAUCCUCGCUUUAAGGCCCUACCAUCCCUGUCCGCUAAAGAGACACCUUCUCCAGACUGCAGUCUGAGGCUGCCACUGCUGCAUGUUUAAGUAUUUUAAAAAAAAACCUGUUCAAUUUAAUAAGAAUGUUUUCAUUGAGAAUUAAAAGAUUCUCUAUUGGAUUAUAAGGAAUAGUAUAAAA